AUGCCUCCUAAUCAAAGUAGUAGCAGCUCUAGUAACAGUCCCUAUAUGAUACCUCCUCAUUUAGCUACGCCCUCUCAUCAUCAUGAAAGACAUUCAUCAGAGUAUUCGGAAGAGUCAACCAUUUUGACUACACGAGGAGAUAAUCAUUUUAGAAAUAAUUCUCAACCUGCAUCAUUUACUACAAAUAAUUUGGCAUCUAGAUCAAAAUCUAAUCCACCUGUAGGAACCAAAAUAUAUGGACAAGGAAUGCCAAUACCUUUUGGAGUCCUUGAUAGUUAUACACCACCUCCUUUGAAAUCUAGUAAUAGUACUUCAAAUGUAAAUACAAAAUCACCAUCCAUCCCUCCUUCAUCUCCAUCAACAAUAGGAAAAAACAAAAAAGAAGAAAUACAAAUUAAUAAUACAUCGGAAUGGUUUACAUUGACAACACAGAAUCAUGAUUCUUUAUUUCCUCUGGAAGGUCAUCAAAUUUUCUACUGGGAACAAUGUUUGGAGGAUGAAGAUGAUUUGACGAGUAGUGUUGAAUCGACAUCAAUUUUCAAUAGGUCACUCAACAUGAUUGUAUUAUUUGGAGGAACAGGUCCUAUUCGUGGUAAUACUAAUCAAAUAUAUUGUAUGGUACAAAAACAUUCGAGUAUCAAUUCAAAGCCAACUACUAAUAUUUCAAAUUCUCAAAGUUGUUCACACCAAUGGAUUCCAGUCCCAAGUCAUUAUAUUCCAAAUUAUUUUCCACCUUCUCUCACUAGUGCCAGUAGUAAUGAUAUUGAGAAAUUAGAAAGAAAAUCCUCCAAAUCUAAUAUUUUGAGUAAUUCUAACCAAGGUGCAUCAUCUCCAAGACGUUCAUCAUUCGAAUUAUCUUCAAUUGCAGAGGAUGGAUCAACUGAAAUACCACUCUACAAAUCAAGAUAUGACCACUCAUUAGUAUUAUGUGGAAAUAAUAAGGCUUACCUGUUUGGUGGAAGAAAUGGCAUGUUCACCAAGACUCCACUUCAAGACUUUAUUCUCUACUCUCUUGAUAUGGAUAUUUCCAAUCAAUUCACAUGGGAGAUGGCCCACAUCCCACCAAAGAAUGAUAGAGACCCAUCAAUAUUGAAACAAUCUCAAAGAGGGUUGGACGAUUUAUACAACAGAGAGUCACCAAUUCCAAGAUAUGGACAUUCAUGUUGUGCUGUAAAUCAAAAACAAUCGGUACUCCAACGAUCUAAUAGUACUAACACAGGAAGCUCUCAAGCUAUCAUAGAAUUGAAUUCUGAAUCUGAUACACUCUCUGAUUUAUCUAUUGGAGGUUUAAAUAACAAUUUUGAAAGCAAUUCUUCAAGUGCCAGUACUGGGUCAACCAGAUUUAACACUGAUGGAGGUGUUGUUUUAGAUUGUGCAAUGCUUCUCUUUGGAGGAGUAGCAUUCACAGAUUAUUCUGGCUCUAAAAAAUGUAAAGAAACUAACGAUUUUUGGAUGUUUAAUUGUAAGGAACGAAAAUGGCUUUCUUAUCCAAGCAUUAUUCAGAGAUACUUUAAAAAUUCUUCUAGCAUUUUACAAUUCAAAACUGAUGACAAGUAUAUGCAAGAAAUUUCUCUCUCCUCUUCAGCAAGUGGAACAAGCUCUUCCAAUAGCGAGAGUAGAAAACAAACCAAAAAACCAGCAAACAAUAAUAUUAUUUCAAUCCACAGCUCAUUCGUACCAGAGGCCAGGUAUGGCCAUCAGAUGUGUGUUGUAUCCAACUCGUUGAUUUUCGUAAUUGGUGGAGCGACACUAAAUAAGGACGCCAUGUACAAAGAUGUUUGGGUUCUUUCGCUUAGUACUUUCGAAUGGAGAAAGGUAAAUUUGCUUCACAAUAAGAAUAAUGAACAGUUUAUCAAUAAGAUACCUAUUCGUUACGCUUCUCACGUAGUUGUUGGUAGAAGAAUAUUACUCUAUGGAGGACAGUUAUCAUACAAAACUGGUGAUUAUCUGACAGAGCUUCUUUGUUUUGAUACUGAAACCUAUAGAUUUUCAAUAAUUGAAAACAGUAUUUCUCCAAAAUUUGAUACUGGCCUUGUAAAGGCAACUAUGAUUCUUUACGGAAUUGAUCUUUUAAUUAUUGGAGGUAAAAGAGGUGUUAGCUCAUAUAGAUAUAACGAUAGUGUUCAGGCAUUCUCUUUCAAAUUGCAUUCCAUAUCCAAAACUAAUCAAAAAUUUAUUAGAGAAAACACUAAAAUGAAAAAAUCUAAUCAAAUUCUGACUCCUAACGAAAUUACAUUUGAGAUACCUACAUUUGGAGAUGAAGAUGAUGAGUUUGAUAUUGCUAAUUCUGUUAAAAUUGAUUUAAUAUCUCAAAUUCUAUUAAGUGAAAUGUCAAGCAGUGAUUUCUCAAGAAAAGAGGCUCUUAAAUACCUUUCAGAAGUGAAGCAAAUAGAUAUUGUAAAACAAUUAUUUAGAAACAAUUCCAUUCACAAAGCUCUAUCGAUAAUUAUGCAAUCGGGAUCCAAGUCUGAUAUCAGACAGACUGCCAAAGUUUUAAUCAGAUACUUUAAAGAUACUGACCAAGGUACACUACCAUUUAUCAUUGCUCGACAAGUACUAAAAUUCAUUGAAAGCUAUUUGACCUUGAUUAACACCCUUAUCAAACUUCGAGAACCAAUCAGCCAAACAUUACAUUUAGAUUAUCUUAAUUUAUUCCACUUAAUGUGUCAAAAUUUUGAAUAUUAUGAAUCUCUAUCAAAGGAGCUCAUUUCAGUGUUUCAACAAUGUUUCAAGUUGAGUGAUCCAUUAUCAAAGGCAUCCCUAGAUAUUUUACAACUAGCCGUUUCAUCUGUUGAGUUCUUAUCACUUAAUGCAAUGCAUUUCGCAUCAAAGUGUGAUAAGGAAACAAGUAUAAUAUUUAGAGAUUUUAUAACUCUUUGCAACGAGGCUAAAUCCAAGACAGCUAAAAACUUGGAAGAUAAUCCAAUAGAAAUGCAAGGAUCUAUCCUUAAGCUUGAUGAAUUGGUAAACAAACUUCGCCAAUCCCUCUUCAGACUUUCAUCAAGAAGCAAACCAAUCAAAAAAUACCUUGGAAAAUUACUGAAACGAAGUGAAGAAGAUGAUGAUGAUAUGUAA